AACCGCUGCGUCAUCUUAUCAGGAAGAAACGCUCCAGUUUCCAGAGAGCGGAGGAGCGGAGGGAGUAAAUAGCUGGAAGUUUGUCAGUGCAUUAUGCCUGAUGAGAUGUCGAGGCCUUUAAUCCGGGGGAGAGGUGGAGGGGGAGGCUCCAGACACCUCGAAGCCUCUGUGUCUGAACCCGGCGCUCCGGUGAUUGGCAUCCUGGGUACGGGCGACUUCUCUCGCUCACUGGCCAGGAGGCUGGUGGCCUCCGGCUACCAAGUGGUGGUGGGGAGUCGAAUCCCCAAACGCUCUGUGGCUCUGUUCCCCGAGGAGGCCGAGGUGACCUCCCAGAUGGAGGCAGCAAACCAGGCAGACCUGGUCUUUGUCGCUGUGUAUCCUGAGCACCACUCCACACUGGUGGACCUGAAGCCAGCACUGGCUGGAAAGACUCUGGUGGACGUUAGCAAUGGUUUGCAGAUCAACCGAGAAGGACCCUCCAUCGCUGAACAGCUGGCCGAUCUUUUUCCGGAGAGUUUUGUCGUCAAAGCGUUUAACACAAUAUCAGCCUGGGCGCUCCAGGUCGGACCUCGGGAUGGAAGCAGGCAGGUUUUCCUGUGUAGUGACAGUCAAAAGGCGAAGAGCUCGGUGAAGCAGCUCUGUCACAGGAUGGGCUUCAUCCCCAUUGAUAUGGGUCUCCUCUCCUCUGCUCUGGAGAUUGAAAACAUCCCCCUCUAUCUGUUUCCCUGCUGGCGCAUCCCCAUCCUCUGCAUGCUAUCUUUGUUCAUCUUUUUCUACCUGUACAACUUCACCCGUGAUGUCUUGCAGCCCUUCAUCACAGAAGGGAAGAGCGCUUUCUACAAAAUGCCCAUUGACACUGUGAACGUCACUCUUCCCUCUGUGGCCUUGGUGAUGCUGUCGCUGGUCUACCUGCCUGGUUUGUGCGCCGCCUUGCUCCAGCUGUGGUCGGGCACCAAGUACAAACGCUUCCCCAACUGGUUGGACCAGUGGCUCACCAGGAGGAAGCAGUUUGGGUUGUGUAGCUUCCUGUGUGCAGUGCUACAUACCAUUUACAGUCUGUGUCUUCCUAUGAGGAAAUCUGCUCGCUUCGAACUGAUCAACAUGGCUUUAAAAAAGGUCAAGGCUGGCGUGGAGAACUUCUGGGUCGACGAGGACGUGUGGAGGAUGGAGCUGUACGUGUCUGCAGGCAUCAUGGCUCUCGGGCUGCUUUCCCUCCUGGCUGUCACCUCGCUGCCCUCAGUGGCCAAUACUAUCAACUGGAGGGAGUUCAGCUUCGUACAGUCCACACUAGGUUACUGUGCUCUGUCCAUGGCCACCGUCCACACGCUCCUCUUCGGCUGGAAUCGAGCCUUCGAUCCGAAACAGUACCGCUUCUACCUGCCUCCUACCUUCGUCCUGGUCCUGAUUCUUCCCCUCAUAGUUCUGCUGGGCCGCCUGGCUCUCUUCGUGCCCUGCGUGGCCUUGCGGCUCAGACAGAUCCGCCGCGGCUGGGAGAAGAGCCGACACAUCCGCUUCAUCCUGCCGGACGACGACUGCCGAAACGGGCUGGAGGAUGUCAGCAAUGUGUGAGAAACACAGUUUUUAGUGGUGUGUGGAAAAAAUCAAAAGGUGUUGGAAUCGGAAAUCUUUCAGGUGUGUGCUCAUGAAUGCAAAGCACGUAGAAGAUAAAAGAUUUAUGCGCUGUUGGAAUGUAUUAAAGGCUCGUCUCUUUAGCUUUUGGAGAGUUGUUUCUCAGCAAAUCAGCUGGAAGACAUAUUUAGCCAGUAGAGGAAGGUCACCAACCUUAUUGCACUAUGCAACGUCAAUAAUGACUUUAAUUUAUUGUUUUCUGUUACUAUUUUGAAGCAUCAGUCCAAAAACGAAGAACAGUAUUAGCUUUUGGAUUAAUUUAACGCCAAACGGCAGCUGUUAUGCCUUUAAUGAACCCGCUAAACAAUUGUCCUUUCAAUUAAUAUCGGUUCAUAAGUGAGUUUUUCAAAUACCAUCUCCUCACUCCGAUCAUCAGUAGCAGACUUGGCUUUCCACUUCGCUUCCUCAUUCCUCUCAUGAUUGUUUUCAUGUAUUAUUUGCCUGCACUUGAAGUUCAUUUUGUUCCAUGUUGAGGACAAACCGACGUGGUUUCACGUUUUGUAUUUGUGAGGUUGAUUUGUUUUGGCAUUUUCUUUGGCAAUACUUUGAAAAUCCAAUGUGCUGUCAUAUUCACUUAAACUGUGAGGCACUGUAGGACAAUUACUGCGAUUGGGAGACAGUUUUAAAAAUGCAAGACCCUUCCCAGCAUUGUUACUUAUCCUCCUCUUGACCUGACCCUCAACUCAUUUAUAAUUAAACAAGACAAAGUUACACACUGAAUAUCAUAACAGAACAUUAUUUUCACUAUAUGUGCUCCCAGUACACACACUCAAAUUAGAAAUGUGUAUAAUAAAUAACAUGUCCUUUUCCCAAAAAAAAUUACUGCAACUUUCAAAGAGCCGCCCAACGCAAAGCUGACGACAAGCUCUCGUUUUUCACGUAAGGCAGUUCGGUUUUUACGUGCAAAGAUUAAUUUUUUUUUAGAUGAGAAACACAAAAAAGAAAAAGAAAGACCCCGAUUUCCAAAUCUUUCUGACGGCUAAAAGUCCAUCUCUGGUCAUUGAUUGAAUGCCCAAUGAAAAGAAUUCCUUCCCAGUUGUUGCUUCGAGCACACCAGCUCACCAACAACUGUUAUCCAGCACUCAAACUACUUAGUGCUACACAUUAUGAAGUUGUACUGUUGGAGUAAUUCAGCCCUACGUGUUCAAACUAUAAAUUCUGGAGAAGACUAAUGUUAGAGGAAGCCUUAACCUGCAAACUGACAGGGUUGGUUCUUUAGGUUAAAUUUUUUGUCUCAUGUUUUUGAGAUUGUUGACGUUAACUGCUUAUUUUGCCCAUGAUGUGUCUUCUACUGCAUAGAAAACACCUUAUGGACAUGUUAAGAUUUUAAAAAAGGUUAUUCCUUAUCUUACCAGCUUCCUGCUCGUAAUUUUAGUACGUUCCCUUACUUCUCAUGCUGUUCAUAUUGUGCCAACUGGAAACCCAAAAUCUGAAGCGUUACUGCUGUGGGCGUUGUUGCAUUUUCGAAUGCAGGUGACUGUGCGCAUGUUGUUGUUGUUAUUUUAACAUACAUUACUAUUCCGUUUAGUGUUGUACUACUCCAACCUGCUGAUAGAUCAAACAAUACGCUCUUUGACUUUAAAAAUCUCCGUGCUGUUACGUGAUUCUUUGCUGUUUCCGCUCUGAACAAGAGAGACAGUCGGGCUGUCGUGUGAUUUCAGCAUUUCCACGUUUAAUGUGUAUUUUCUAAUUUUUGUGUUCUUGCCAAAGGUGAUUUUCUGUUAUGUGAAGAGUCAAACUUAAGAUGUUCUGAUAUUAGUUUACUGACAUUGGAGUUUGCGUCUGUAACCAUAAAGGCAGGAAUAUCUGAAAUUUCUCGAUGUUGGAAUAAAGUAUUCUUUGUACAAAA